AUGUUUACUCAACUAUGGAUGAGUCCAAGAAUUCAGCAUCGAUGUAAAACUGAGGCAUAUAUGCGAGUGUUAAACAAUGCCUAUAAAUGGCUAUCUAUUGAUAUACUAGUUGGACUGUCUAUACUUAUAGAAUUUUAUAUUCAACCAUUUUUUCGUUUAUUCUCACUUCCUGUACAAUGGAUUUAUACAUAUGAAAAGUUAGUAUUAUCAUUGCUUUCCUUACUUGUUGCCUGUGUCUUAUAUCACGUAUUUGUGAUAAUCAAUUCAAUUCUAUAUCAGAAAAUGAAAGUGGAUAGUGAUUAUCUAUUUGAUAAAAAUGAAUUACUUUCAAGAUAUCCAUCAUCACCAUUGAACAAAUCUCUUAUCGGUCCUUCAAUGUUCUGCUCUCAUUUAUUAAAAAAUACUUCAGAUAUUAUUUCUUCUGCUGCAGCUACUUUUGGUAGUUCAUUUGAAAUCUCUACUAAUGCAUCUUCUAUUCGACCACUGUCAUCAUCACCAUCAUCAUCACCAGCAACUGAUGUUAGCAUUCCACAAUCGAUUGGAGAUAAUCAAUCGAUUUGGAAACAAUCAGGAAUUAUCACAGUAUCUUCACAACACAAUCCGUCUGCUAGUAGUAGUUUGUCACACUCACAAUGUACAUCUUUACUUACACCAGGAAGUCGAGGUGGACAAGAAAAUCUUUCUCUUUUAGAUUUGGCUCUCAGUCCAAUUUCCAAUUGUGCAAUACUACCUUCGUUAGGCAGUGGUAGUGGUGGUGGUGGAAAUCAUGCUCCACUACACAAUUCCAAAGAUGUUUAUCGUUCAGUCACUUGGUCAUCAUCAUUCUUAACAUCGAACUCAUCACCCCGGUAUCAAUAUGAAUCAGCUUAUAUCCCACUUACCAAUCCUUGUCAACAGUUUUUAAAUGAUUCUCUGAAAUCAUCAUCAGGACCAUCUUUUAUUUCAAGCAGUAUAACACCUGAUUCUGGAAAGAGUGAUCGUGAAUUAAAUGAACGUUUUGAAGAUGAGUAUUGGAUGGAACAUCAAGUCAGUAAGAAUGAUUUGGAUCGUUGGACAUUAAAUCUACGAAAGUGGCUUCAUGGUACAAUUAUUCGGCGUAUUGUCAAUGAAAUUGAUACUAUUAAUAGAAAUCUUGAAGAGGCUUGCGGUGAUAAACCUCUAAUCGGUUGUGAGUUUAACUUGAUAUUAUUUUUCUUUCUCUGAAGUUUGUUGUUUUUCAUCUAACUGAUAUGAUCACUUCGAAUAGGCUGAUUGCUGAUGAAAUCUUAACUGUAGCAUUUGAUUGGCAAGAUAUCCGACUGUCUAUCGAAAGAUGAAUCAAUUUCGCUGCAUUUUGUUUCGUUGUGUUAUACGACUGUGAGGCAUAUUCAUUAAAAGUAGAAGAUGUGAAGCGAUUACAGAUGUCUUGGUAGCAUUGCUAAUGUUUGAUGGAAUCAUCGUGUGAACAGUUCUGAGGUUAGGUGAAAGGCAUUAAGCAAAAGAGGCAAGUUGAUUGAUUGAUGAGGUUGGCUGCAUAUGUCGAGUCACUGCCUACUUCGAUAUCUCCUGUUAGGUCAAGAUAGGACCAAUUUGGAAAAAGGGUACAAGGUGGCCAGAUAAAGACCUGAACCUAGUCGAUGAGGUGUCUAACUGUUGGUCUGGGAGUGUGGGGAGAUGAGGACCUCCUCACUGAAGUCCCUGAGACUAUAGGAAUCAGUGGUUAAGUACUCAUGGUGACUUGGUUGAACAUGAAUCGGUCACAAUGGCACCGAUGUAUAUUCAUUCUUUGACGUCUUCCGAAGCUUGAAAGUUUGCACUACCCUUUAUCUUUACUCCACUUUGUAAACUUUAAUCGAUUCAUUUCGAUCAAGCUCUUUGGAAU